AUGCAGCCGCCGCCGCAGCAGCAGCGGUCUGUCUGUCCGCUCUCCUCCGUAUCCGCGCCGAAGCCGCCUCCGCGGACGGGACAAGCAGAAGGGAAAAACGACGGUGGCUGCGCACCAAGCGCUGGCGAGGGGCAUGUGAUACGGGCGAGCACGUACGCGCUUUGGGAGCAGCUCUACGCGCCAGCUAGCGUGCCCCUCACCGUGGAGCGCUUCUUGUACCUCCGCCUGUCCGCGAAGGGCAACGGCGAGAGCAACGAUGCUCGCGGCCACCAGUAUUGUGCCGAUGAUCUGAAGUGGGUGAGGUCGCUCUUCGGAGAAGUCACCACCCAGCUCGAUGCCUCCGCUCCGUCAGCGUCGAUGGCGCUGUCGACUGCACCCGCGGCGGCGGUUGCGCCAGGAGAGCAAUCUCGCGGUGCUCCGUUGAAUGCGGCUACUGCAGUGGCAACGGCAGCGUCUCUCCAGGAAAGCCGAGACGACAAGGGAAGAGACGAGCCACAGAGGGCCUGGAAAGGGAGUUUGCCCGACGUCGCAUCGAGCGUCGCUGCCCCACCCACCGAGCAAUGCACCUCCGCGGAUGUGGAGCAGACGUCGGUCUCGACGCCGCUGCGCGUGCCGCAGGCGUGUGCGAAUGCCAAAUCAGCCAGUGUUGUGGACAGCGGGCGUGCCUCGGAGCCCCGGAGCGCCGCGACGACCCUUUCUCACCCUGACGCCGUCAUAGCGUCGGACGUUUCGUUGUCGUGCGCGUCGGCGGCGCCCAUGAGUAUUGAGCGGGACGACAGCGCGAAUUGCAUCGACGAGAACGAGGAGCCCGAACCCUGUGUUGACACGUGGUCGGUGGAAGCGGCAUCGGCCGCCCCGGCGUUGCACAGGCACACGCCAUCCACGUCAGUAGCCGCCGUGAGAACAGACGAGAAGGGCAGGCGCAAUGGUUCUGGACGCGAUACAGGCUGCAGUCCUCCGUUGGUGCAUUCCGCUUCCAGGGGUGGUGAUGGGGAGGGCUGCGGGGCUGUUGAUGAUGAGCAGGCGCACACACUUGCGCAACAAGAAAAGGCGGCGGAGUCGUGCGGCGCGUGGGAGAGUGCCACCGCCACGACCACACCCGUUCGGCCUUAUCGCCUCUACUGCCGCUACCGCACCUCGCACGACACGGACCCGUCUGCCGAAGGGGGCAACGGCAAUGAGGAAGAGGACGCAGAGCACGGCGGAAGAGGUGAGGAGGACAGCAACGAUGUGGGGUUUCUGUCCCUCGCCACCUCUCCAUCAGCUGCUGCUCCUGAGCAAUGGCGCCCGUGCCCUGUGGUGGGCACCGAUGUCGGUCAUUCGACGCCAUCGCCAAAGCCAACUGUGGUGUUGGAAGACACCAUGACCGCUCUCGCCGUGUCAGCGCUGCCGUGUGGCCUCACGAGGAAUGGAGAGGACGGCUCUCGGCUCGAUUCACCGAUGCGUCACAGGCACACCGCCAGGGUGUCGACGUCGAUGAGCCCGGUGGUGGACCCUAACGGCCUCGUCUUCAGUCCGUCGUGCCGGCAGCAGAUGCGGUUGCGGCUGCAGCGCCGUUGUCCCCGUCAAACGAGUGAAGGAAGUGAUGCGGAGUAUGCGCCCCACACUCCGGUGCCUGGAUCGCCAUCGCAGUCGCCGCGGCCGCCCCCAUCGUGCUGGUCGACACCGCUCUUGCGGGAGCGGUGUCGACGUGACGCUCAGACUCCGCCAGCGCCGGCGCCACUUUCUGCAGCCUCGCAGCCGCCGGUCUCCCCGGCUCCCUCUCCGACUGAUAUGGCAGACCGCGGUGCGGGCGCCACGGAUGAGCUCUGCGCUGGCAGCCACGCCGCAGACGCCGCCGUGAUGGGCGCUUCGCCAUCGCGGGUGAUUCACUUGAAGAAGGAGAAGGCUGUGGUGACAGUCUCAAACAUCGGCCAGGAACGCCGUAGGAGUGCCGCUGCCACAGCGAACGAAGACGACGCUGAGCCGCGGGACGCCGUGGCGCUGGAUUCGCCGGUGGAUGCAUCUUGCUCUGCGGAAGCCGGUGACGACGGCCAGGGCAGGCGUGAUGGCAGCUCGGUCGCACCUGUUGCUAUUGGCGUCGAGGACGAGCGUGUUGGCGGCGAUGAAGAAGACGCGGAAGGAGAUGCCGUGGAGCCGGCAUCGACGGUGUCCUUGUCGCCCCAGCGGCCGUCUCUCGAGUGUCCUGCGCAACGGCGCGCUACCGCCGCGCCGCGAAGUGACCAUGCUGAAGGCCAUACGGAAUGUGACUUUCCAAGUGCGGAAAAGGCGGUGCGUACGGCAAACUCUGUCCCUGCUCCGGUGGCUGAUGUCUCGGUCGCCCCCUCGUCGCCCUCGACCUCCCCACCACCCCAUGCCAGUCACGAGUCCUUCAACCCAUCAACGCAUGGGGAAGAGCCACAGCAGCGCCAUCCGCACCGACCUCUGCCCGAGAACAGGGCAGCACGGCGCUCAGUCUCUAACAUGGACUUCCGGUGGGCUGACGAGGCCGAUGAUAUUCUGCGCCGGCAGCAGCAGCGGGUUUACUCACUGCAGGCAGCGAGGACUGCCACGCUUGCUGGUGGUGAUACGCGUUGCAGUCCGAGUACGAGUCGGUGCAGCCCAGGCGGUGGCCCUCGGCGCUAUACGCCGCUCUCUCAGGAUGGCGAGACUGCCCAAGGCAGCCAGAGCGGAGACGGCACAAGACUGGCACGGGCGUACGGCGGCUCAGAAGCAUCGUACAGCGUCUCGCCCCAGCCACAGGACCCCGGAACGCACCACUACUCCGAAAGGGCGAUGAUGAGGCGAGAAGGCAUGGGUGUGGAAGCGGUGGCGUCACACACCGACGGCAGCGGCAUCGUGACAGAGCAGGGGGACGUCGCGCCCUCAUCGCACCGCGCCGGCAGAAGCGAAGAGUUGGCGUGUCUCAGCGUCACUCGCAGUGGUGAAGGACGUGCGGACAUCGCGCUUGCUUCGACGUCCUCCUCCACGCCACCGACGGCUCCCCUCCGCCAGCCACUACUGGCGUCCGUAGCCGAAGCAGCAGCGGCAGAUGACGCGUCCAUGCCGCACACAGAUCGACUGCAACAGCAGCAGCAGCCGGCGCCUCACCACGCUGGCACUAAGCGACUGCGUGAGAAUCACGGCGGCGAUGAUGGCCGCAGCGACGCAGCGCAUGCUCGGCGCUCGCCGGCGCCGUCAUCUGUGCCAGUGUCGAGUCAGACGGUGACGAAGCGGAAAAGGAGUGACGGCAGCGGCGGCGCUCCGUCGAGGGAGCGCCGACACCGCACUGACGACCGUGUUCGCCGACGCCAGAACUCGAGAGGAAACAUGGCUGCGAAAACGGCAACGAGGUCGAUGUUGUGUGCCUCGCCAGCGACUGUCUUUGCGCUUCCACGUAACAUAUCGGUGGAUCCCGGGGCAUCCAUGGCCGCCCCGUCGCUCACCACGGCGGCCCCACCCGCAGGCCCAUCGCUGUCGCUGCUGCGCCCGCGUGCGGGGAACUGUGCGAGCGACUCCCCAUCAGCUGCGCCGGCACCGAAAGGUGCGAAAGGAACGUCGACUCAUCUCGGCGCUGCAUCGCUCCCCCAUCGCCGCUGCGGCCUCGCCGUCACGCGAGAAGGCGCGCAGCAGCAGAGCACACAAGACUGCGCAAGGGGCGGCGCGCUGCACGCCCUCCCUCGAGGCCACAAACAAGCGGCGAGACAAAGUACAACGGCACCAGUAGUGCGCAGAGAGGGAGAGUGUGUGCAAGAUAUGUGA